AGCACACACUAGGCUAGCAGGGGCUGCAGGCCGGGGGCAAAAACUUUUGGUACACCCCUACAUUUGUCGGUGAACUAGGCAACAUGCUGCGCCAGUCCGGCCUCUCGGCCAACAAGCUGUUUUGCAGCAACCUGCUGCAGAGCCAGCAGAAGGAGGGCAACAAGCUGGUAUGGAACGCCAUGCUCUUCUCCUCCAAGGCGGAGGGUUCUGCUGUCCAGCAAGUGGUUGCUUCCGAGGGCGUCGCACAGGCUGUGCCUCAGUUCUCGAGCGAGGCUGCCGCUGCUCUGGCCGCUAAGCGCCGUGGCCUGAUUGGCAGCGGCAUGUCGCUGGCGCCCAGCAAGCCGUUCGCUGCUCGCGGCCUGACCUCCGCGGCCAAGCCCGCGGCCGCGGCCGCGGCGGGCGCUGCUGAGGCUGCCCAGCCCGCGGACAAGUACGCUGGCCUGAAGAAGGUCCUGAAGGCCGCUGCUGCCCUGGCGGCCGCUCUGGGCCUGACCACCACCACCGCGGCGGCCGACUCGCCCCAGCCCUGGCAGCUGCUGUUCCAGGACACGGCCACCUCCACUGCUCAGGCCAUGAUUGACCUGCACCACGACAUCUUCUUCUUCCUGAUCACGGUGGUGACCCUGGUGUUCUACAUGAUGUUCCAGAUUAUCACCAAGUUCCACUACUCCAAGGUGCUGAAGCCGGAGAAGCUGACCCACCACACCACCAUGGAGGUGAUCUGGACCAUCAUUCCCACCCUGAUCGUGGUGAUGAUCGCCAUCCCCUCGCUCACCCUCAUCUACUCGCUGGACCAGCACACCGAGAGGCCAGGCCUGACCGUCAAGAUCAUCGGCCGCCAGUGGUACUGGUCGUAUGAGAUGCACGACCACCUGCAGCACAAGCUGCUGGACCCCGAUCGCCUGGUCGGCAUUGCGGAGAAGGCGCUGGUCAAGUAAGCGGCUGCGGCGCAGCAGCCCUUCUUUUCUCCCGGCCCUUCACCCGUGGCUUUCUCCUGCGCGGUGGCGGUUUCAGUGCAUUUGAAGUUACCUGACGUGCCUGCAUGGGUGCAGCAAGGCGCUUGGCAAUAGCGAGCUUAUGAUUGAGCGGUUUGCGCAAGUGUGUGGCUUAACAACCUUGAAUUCCCCUGUGUGGGGCGGCAGACGAGCGGCUGGACCCGAGGAGUGGGGUGCCGGUGCUCUCGCUGGCUAGAUGGUGAACGUUUUUAGGAGGCGUCCCCCCAGCGAGGCUUGUUAGGAGGCGUGUAUUAAAUUGGGUAACUCUUCAUUGCGUGGUGUUGUAGAUAGAUGAGGGAUGGCAGGGACGGGAAGGGAAGGAGACAUGCCUGAUGUAGGCGAAGGCUCGCCCAGGUUGUGGCCUUUCACCUGCCACAGAUCGUGCGUUGUUAUUCGCUUGGUCUCGUAGUUAGCGGUGUUCAGCAAUGGCGCAAGACGCCAAGAUGUAACCAAAAGUACCACCAGCAAAUCAGGGGAGGAGUCAGGGAGGGAAGCCGGGUAGCAGUUAGGCGCAUUACCUACGACGGGUAAGGAGGCACGCGCGGCUCGUGGGUGAAUAUUGAUAUGCUUGAAAGAACGCAACACGCACAAGCGAACAUGACGCUGGGUACAUGGGCUUGUGAGAGUCGUGACUUGGGUUCUUCCAUUUCCAUAUGAAUGCGGAUGUUACAGAGGGGACAGUUAUUUCCAUAUGGAGGCAGCGGAGAUUUACAUGACGAUUGACGAGCAAGGCUCUGAACGAGUGCUGCUUCCCGGAUGGGGGCGUUGGGGCCCUGUGCGAUGGGACCGGGUAAGGAUGCGGAUUACAAGUGAAGGGA